AUGGGUCCAUCGAAACCUGUAGACAGGGACUUUACAAUUGCACUGCCCAAGGUAGAGCUGCACGCCCAUCUCAACGGCAGCACCAGCCGCCAGUGUUUACACGAGCUAUGGAAGCGCAAGAAAUACAUCAAUCCCGAUUGCUCAAUCACGGAUCCGCUGGUCAUGAUGCCUCCGGAUAAAGUCGACUAUACUCUCCAAACCUUCUUCCAAACAUUCAGCACAUUUAUAUACCAGCUCUGCGACAACCUGGAAAGUCUCGCAUACGCCGCGAACAGCGUACUGGAAGACUUCUGCGCCGACGGAGUUCGCUACCUCGAGAUUCGCACAAUCCCCCGCGAAUUCCAUGGCAAGACACGAGCAGAGUACCUCUCCACCGUCUUAGAUACCGCGGCCACACGACAGCCGCGGAGGCAAUGGAUCUCAGUCCACCUCGCCAUCGCCAACCGCGAGCGCGGGGUCGUCGGGGUCGACCUCUGCGGGGACCCGACAAAAGGCGAUGUGACGAUGUACCGCGACGCGUUUGCGCAUGCAAAGGCUCACGGGCUUGGGCUGACGGUGCAUUUUGCCGAGACACCUGUAUCGGGAACGAGGCGUGAGUUGGAUGCGUUGCUGGACUUUCGGCCGGAUCGGUUGGGCCAUGUGAUUCAUGUCCCUGAAGAUAUUAAAGAGGAGAUCGUGCGGCUCAGGCUAGGGCUCGAGCUGUGCAUGUCUUGUAAUGUGCAUGGACAAUUGAUUGAGGGGGGGACGGAUGACGUGGGGUUUUUCUGUAGCCCCGUCUCAAAUGAAUACCUACUUGCCGCCCAGCAUUUUGGCAUCGACCGAGCCGGGUUGGUGAGGAUUUGCGAAAAGUCGGUGGACAUGAUUUUCGGCGGUAACGAUGAGAAAAACAGACUCCACAGGCUACUGACCGACUUCAAACGGUCGGAUGCUUGA